CAAAAGGGUCCCAAAAAGAACCAAAGAGAGUCCGUAGCCAUUUUGGCUCAAGACGCGGCCCAAGAUGUUAACAUCCUUUUAGCACAGAGGCUUCACCGUCCGCAUCUACAGCAUGGUCAGAAUCGGCCCAGAGCCAACACCAGGUUCAACCAUCGGCCGCCCGAACACUGUAGCUGCUAAGAGCGCGGCCCGACCGGCAGGGAUUGUGAGACAUAUGGCGCCCACGGGGGACAGACAUUUCAUGCCCUGGAGCAGCAGCAGCCACGAUGCAGACCAGGAGGCGAUGGUGUACAAUGCUGUUUCGAUCACCCCCCGUGUGAUGCAAUACUUUUCCGAAGAACCAGAAGCCGGUCUUGGUCAAGGCAAUGCUAGCUCGGGCGAGCUCAUUUCCAAGCAGCGACUGCAGGCGCUGAGGCACGGGCAUGCGAAGCUUCAGUGGCGCCUGUGCAAUCCCCUCAGAGACAGCCGCUUGGCUCGGUCUCUUUGCGGGUUGUCCGUGUAUGCCUCUGUAGCGGUUUUGGCGCUCUCGUGCCUCACUGUGGCAGCUUGCUUCUGGACAUCGCACGCCGCCACUCCCAAGCGGCCGUUGCAGGUAGGCAGCGACAUCCCACUCGUCGCUUGCGAGGGCGGCCGCAGGGGCAGCCGGGAGCUGAGAUCCUUGCUGUUGAGCAUCGAUACGCCAAUGUUCAUCUUUGUUGCUAUUUGGCACAUCCUUGCCAUGAAAAACCUCACAAAUUGGGUUUCGUCCCCUUCUGGCACCUCGGCCACAUGGGCAAUCGGUAUGCUUGGCACCGCGCUUACCAUCGCUGGCUGCAUCGUGGUUGGGAUUCGGGAUCCUGCCGAGGUUUGGGGCACCAAGGGUUCUGUCGGCUUCGCGGGCAUCUGGGUGGGGGUCCAGAAUGCUACCGGCAUUUGUUCCUUGGCCUGGAGGUUGACUCGUGGGGAUCGGGAAUGCCGCAUCGUGCAGAGCAGGACCUCUGCUGCACAUUUUGCGUUUAUCCUCUUUUCCUCCGCGACCGCGAUUCAAGGCUGUUACUACAUCGUGGGGUUCUUCGAAUUCUCGGGCCUCCCACCAGCCAUUGGUCUUUCUUGCCUCUUUGCCGCCACUUUCGCGGUAUUGUCCAGCAUCAAGGCCGUCCUACGGCAAUGGAGUAGAGUGCCACCUCUUGCUUGUACGUUCAUGUUGUAUUGUUUUCAGGCUGGAGCAUACACGAGCUUCCGCCUAGUCUUGCAGACGGAGGAGAGUAUUGACAUGCUCGUUGGUUUGACAAUCACCGCUGCGGUAUCAGAGAUUGUGUUGCGGGCCAGUGUGGUGUGCACAGGGAAACUCAUGUACAACUACUACGUGGAGAAGGGCCAGGCUGCCAUGGCUCUACGCGUGCUGGAUGUGCAUGUUGCCACCGUGUUAGUUGACAUCUUGGCAGAGUGGGCAGCGAUCGCGAUUGCUGGGGUCCUCGGUGUAGCUGUCGAUGAGACCAUCUUCGACGGCUUGCGAUCAGUCUAUUCUGCCGAUGGUUUUAUUGGCAUGAUGGCUUUGCAGAUUGGCGUAGAAGUUCUGGCAGAUGUGACGUCGGUCGCGAUCGCGUUCGCGAUUCUCCCUGUCAGCCUGGAGGGUGUUUUUGCUUCACGUGGGCAUCUGUUGUUACAGAUAUCGUGUGUCCUUGUUGCACCCAUAUUCCUUUUCGCCAUGCUGAACAUGCGAGUUCGUAUCGAGUGCUUCACCUAGUGAAAGACUCGGGCAUCAGAGCCAUCAUCCACGGAUCCAGAUGAAUAGUCGCCGAAAGAGGAGGAGGAGGAGGAGGAGGAGGAGGAAUUGGAGGCCUGGUUCUGGUUUUGGUUUUGGUUUCUCUGAGUCGUGCAUGUACUCCGAGCUUAUCGAUUCGGGCCCGUGUUAAGCGGUGAUCCUCUUCCUCCCUCUUGCCUGGUACAGUGCUGUACUCAGAACGCUCGCUUCUGCGUGACCUCUGACAGUCUGUUUCAGAAGCAGUCCCUGUGCUUCUUUGGUUGCCCGAGCUCCGCUGAGAGAUUCUGGCACUACUGGAUGUGCGACAUUUUUGUUUCGACCCUAGCUUUUACGUCAUGUAGCUGGCCACCCCCAUCGAUUCCGAUCCUCUCGCCCGCUUUGGCGUGCUCACCUCCUACCCCGUCGCCGCCUGUUUGAAGCUAUCCGUCUUCACCCUUGCGCCACCCAGCCAAUCGUUCCGCCUGAAAUGAGUUCAGGUGCGGUCAGUGCCCUGCAUCCUUGGGCUCCUGCUACGACGGAUGGGCCAGGGAGGUGUCGAUGGAUGCGUGCUCCCUGAUAUCCUUCGCAGGAGAGAGACAGCACGAAGGGAAAGUGUCCUGCAGGUGCUUCAUCGGUUUCGGGCUCCAUGGGGCCUCCACCUUCCCUGGGGCCGUCAAAAAGACGGUUCGGGUAAAGAGCUAGGGAAAGCCCAGGGGACCAGGGCGAGAUUUUUUAUGCCAGCGAUGAUGGGGGCCGGGCCAUACCCCGGGCCUGCGCCCCCCUCGUGUGCCGGGAUGGGAUCGAUUCCCUCAGACGCGCCCUUUGUCAGCCGUGGCCGCCAGGCAGCGGGCUGUGUGCACUGGAGCGCGCCUUUUGAAUGCUCCCCGUCGCGCCGCUCGGGCCUCCUGCACGAGCGGCGCGGGCGUGGCAGCCGCCGGACCUCCCCUGACUCUUCCGCCCGCCCCUCCCGCCAUGGGACCACCAGGUCUUUUCAGGGACAACGUCGGGGGGGGGGGAUAUAGAGGGCGAACAAGCAAGGAUAUGAUGUUCUCUUCUGUGGUUUGAGUUGUAGAGUCAGCGGGCGCAGGACGUCGAAGUCCAUCGGACGACAUGCGAGUCUAUUGAUUCGGAGCCUGGCAUGACAGGUCACACUCUUUCAUAGCCAGCAGCGGUACUGUUUAUCCGUUGCGGUCUUGCGUGCCACCUGUUCGGUAACAGAAGCAUUGCGGUCUGUGACAUUACUUUUUACGUCUCGUUGUGCCUCGCCAGUUCUGUAGGGCACUUCUAGCUGAGUACGGUUGUCUGCAACGCAGCAAAAAUGAAAUUGCCCCAUUGGCGAAGCUGUCGGGGCCCGCGCGAUCCUGCUUUUGAGUCAGCAGCAAGACAAGGACGAGCACAC